AUGCCAGUCGUUGCCUGGAGGGCCAUCCCUGAAGAGAAGCCGCAUACCCAGAUGGAUAUACAGAGACGUCAUCCCGGAAGAGAAAGGACUAAAUUAAGCGAGGAAGAGGAUGCUAAGAAACAGAGUUUGGAAUCAUCUACGCGGACUCGUUUAUCGAUACCACGGAGCAUGGAGACGAGAGCGAGCAUGAGUGAACUCGACCAUGAUACGGCGAGGCACAGUCCACGCCUGAACAAUCCCACACUGUCAGCACACGCAACGGCGGUGCCUCGAUGCUGCAGCGGCUACCCCGGAAGUCCGCCCCCUGGACUGUCGGCUGGUGCCCCAUGUCAACACUGCGUGCCACCCGUAGCGGCGACUUGCGCUGUGACGGCCGGGCAGUCCAUCAGCCGAGUACCCAAUACUCCGGGGCCGCGUGGUGCCGUCUCCCAGGCUAGCACCGUCUCCAGACUGCCCCAGACCGGGACCAGGCAGGGGAAAGACGCACCAGCGAUGCAAGCCGUGAAAGUUGGGUGGGCGAGCGAGCGAGCAAGCGGCCUGUGA